AACUUCAGCUUUUUGACAUUAAAAUGCUUCAUUUCUCAGACUUAUUGAAAUUUAUUUGUGAAAAAGUGUAAAGCACUACCUACUGGUAAUGGGGAGUCGAAGAAAUAUUCGAAAAGUCGAUGAGGUGUGAAAUUGACGUCAAGGGGCAGUCUCCACAGGAUAUGUGCUUCGCUUGACACACCUUUGGCAAACUUCACAACAAGCAAGAUAUUCAGUCAGUUGGUCAUAGAGCUUCUCUUGGGAGCCGUUUGCCACAAUAGUCCUGAGAUUUUCAGCAAUGUCACGGAGAACAGAGUACGAUGAUCCUAUUGAGAUUGUGCGAAUGGCACGGCUCGCCGUCAAGGAAGCUAAUAUGCGAGCAGCCCGAAUGCAGGGACAAACUACUCAACAGCUGAUGCAAAGAGUUAAGGACUUGAAAUAUUGGAGUGGUGAAAUUGAUAGAGAACUCGCUGACGUCAAAGAAGAGCAUGACGAUCUUCUCCGAUGUUAUCGCCGUCUUCAACUGUGUCUGGAUAUAACUGGAAGAUCGUCGAGAUGCAAUGAGAGUUGCCUUGCAGUUCGUCGUAAGAAAGUUCAAGUAGGGGAUCACACUUCUGAUAGAGUUGACAUGGAGUUGCAUAAGGAGAAAGAGCUGAUGACUGAUACAAUGAAGCAGAUGAAAGAAAUAGGUGAAAGAGUGGAACGUCAGCUUGAGGUUAAUCAAUCAGCCCGGAAAAAUCUGUUGAGAGAUUUGACUUUGAAACAAGAAGCCAUCAGCUUAGAUCACAAGUCGGUUGCAAUUGGAGCCGAUGGCACUAAAACAGUUAUUCGAACACCUGAUGGUGAUCGUCUGGAUUUCAGAGAAGGAGCACCGUUGCAACGAAUGAGUGAAUACUCAGAAUGGAUUGAAAACACCGGAAACAAUCUGAACUAUGCGGCAAGGGCAAGAGUUCACAGUAGGAAAAUUGGGCAGAAAUUGUGUCAAUCAAUUCGUGAAAUGGCACAUCAGCUGCGCACUGAGGCAAUCGCUGUCGAAGCACUUCUGAAAGAUUCUGUCAGAAACUGGCAAGAAUGGAAGGACAAUUUGCAUUCACAGGUUAACGGCAAGGACAAAGAAAUCAAAAACGCCGAUGGAGCAAUUGAGGAAAUUUCAUUCAGCUUGCGACAAAAAAGUGGACCUCUUCAAGUUGCACUUUCUCGUCAGAACCAACGUGGCUUACGCCCUGGAAUUGAGCUGUGCAAUGAUAAAGCUCAACAUGCACUCCACCAAGAGCUCAUGAUGCUUAAAGGAACUUUUUUGAGUCUGGAAAAUCAACUUGACAAGGCAAAAGAAAGUAGGAAAAAGCUGGACAAUGAUCGUGACAAACUUCAGCGCAAGCUUGACAUCUGUGAUCACAACUUGACAAUUGAUAAUGAGAUUCUCCGACAGAUUCGUACAUCGUACCCUCACGAAAUUCAACUCUCUGGUUUCUUGUUGAGCGAGACAAAAGAACAUAGAUAAUCCUUUUCCACUUUUCAAUUUUCGUUAGUUUAGAAUUCUCUCUUUUGAUAUCUAAAUCGAUUAAUCAUAUGAAUGGUUUUU